AUGCCGUCGCCGUUCCCCUUCAAUCCCUCCAUGAUCCCAACCGUGCCGACGCGGAAGGCGCUCUUGAUUCUGGACCUGCAGAACGACUUCGUGUCACCGGACGGCCCACUGUACGCGACGGAGCCCGAGGACUUCGUCAACCGUACCUUGGAUCUGGCCAAGGCGUUCCGGGACUCGGGCGCGGGCGAUGUGAUCUGGGUGCGCAGCGAGUUUGAGAGCCACUGUUCGCUAUUGGAAGGCGGAGACCAGAUCAUCACGGCCGAGACCAUGCUGCGCCCCCAGAAGAUGGCGCCGUCGCGAGGGCGCCAGCCGACCUCCACCGCGCAUGACAGCGCCGCCAUGGAGGCCGACGAAGAGGCCUUCCUGAGCACCGGCGCCGACGGCGAGAAGCAGCCGUGUGUCCGCAAGGGGACGCGCGGCGCCGAGUUCGCGCCGGAAGUGAAGGCGGCCAUCGACACGGGCCGCGAUAUCGUCUUCACCAAGACGCGCUACAGUGCGUUCGCCUCCGGGCAGCAGCAGCUGGUGCAAUUGCUCCGGAGGCGGUUCGUGACCAAGAUGUAUCUCUGCGGUGCGCUGACAAACAUCAGCAUCUACGCGACGGCACUGGGAGCGGGCCAGCACGGCUAUGAGGCGACCCUGCUCGACGACUGCUGCGGCUUCCGGAACACGAUGCGGCACCUCAACGCCGUGCGCCAGCUCGUGGAUCUGACGGGCUGCGAGGUCAUCAGCUCGGAGACGCUGCUCGAGCAGCUGUCGCCCGGCCACGCCCCGCAAAAACAGUCCACCGGCCUCUCACCGUCCAUCUCCAAGAUCACGCUGGAUCUCGGCAGCAGUGGGUCUCCAGAAAGGCCCCCCGCACCGGCUUCCCGGCCAACCACGCCCAAAGCUCCUUCGCCGCAGCCGGAUCGGGCCGAGCGCGAGAGCACAACACCGCCCGUCCCGGGAAGCUCCAGUCGCGGCAGUCCAACAGUGGGCGCGACACGCCCUUCGAAAGACAGCGGAUCGCGGGACGCCGACUCCGACACGUCAUCGUCCGAGAGUGAGUCAACGCGCGACCCGGAAAGGAAGUCGGGAGAAGCGCAGAGAAGUGAGAGUCCUGCGAAGGCUGAGUCGAGCAAAUCAGAGAGCUCCAAAGGUCCGAUCCCUACCCCCGAGGCAGGCAGCACUGAAGCUGAAAAGCCCAGGGUAGUCAAUCGGGUCGCACGGCGCGUGAAGCGCCCGAGUCCGGAUAAGAACUCAGAAGCCACCAAAGAAGGCACGACUCCCGCCCACGACGCCGAACAGAAGCGAUUGCCGCGAGACAUGGCAGCGCAACCCGCCCCCGUCUCCUCCGAGCCUCUGUGCGAGGGUGACACCACCAUCAUCACGAAUGUGCUGUCCCCCGCCCUCGCGGCCGAUGCCUUCGAGCGUCUGCUGGAGGAGGUUAGCUGGGCAGGCAUGUCCCACAUGGGCGGCGAAGUACCGCGGCGCAUAGCCGUGCAGGGCGCCAUCGCCGACGACGGCAGCAUGCCCGUGUACCGACACCCGGCCGACGAGUCGCCUCCACUGCUGCCCUUCUCGCCGACCGUGUUGCUGAUCAAGGACGAGAUCGAGAAGCACCUGGGCCACCCGCUCAACCACGUGCUUAUCCAGCACUACCGCACCGGCAACGACUACAUCAGUGAGCACAGCGAUAAGACGCUGGACAUUGUCCGCGGCAGCUUCAUUGCCAACGUCAGCCUGGGCGCCGAGCGCACCAUGGUUUUCCGCACCAAGCGGCCACCCAAGGACAAGGAGAGCAAAUCCUCUCCCACCAACGACGCGAAACCAGCAGCGACAGCGGCAGCUCCCCCCGACCCAAAACGCCAGACCGUCCGCGCCGCCCUCCCGCACAACUCGCUCUGCCGCAUGGGCCUGCAGACCAACGCGCGCUGGCUGCACGCGAUCCGGCAAGACAAGCGCCUCGACCGCGAGAAGACCGCCGCCGAACUAGCCUACUCCGGCGCGCGCAUCAGCCUCACCUUCCGGCAGAUCGGUACCUUCAUCGACGCCUCGCAGUCCCGCAUCUGGGGCCAGGGCGCCACCUCCAAGACGCGCGAGCGCGCCAGGCCCGUGGUGAACGGCCAGACGGAGCAGGCCGUGCGGCUGCUGCAGGCGUUUGGCGCCGAGAACAACCGCUGCUUUGUGGAAGGGUCUGACGACUGGAACGACGUCUACGGGCAGGGGUUCGACGUCCUGCACAUGGGCACGCCCAAGCGCUUCUUUGCGGCGGCGCGGGACUGCCUUGGCAAUCUCUGCGUGGCGCUGGCGCUCGCGGAGCUCGGGCUGGGCGCGGCCAAGGGGAGCGUGGAGGCCGGAGAGGGCAGGUUCGAGGAUAACGACCCCGGCCGGACGGUCGUGCAUGGGUGUGGGAGUGUGUUACGGUACCUGGAUGCCGUGUAUGGCCCCGGGAGGAGGUGCGAUCACAUGCUGCCCGGGGAGGUGGCGCGGCGGGUGGUGAGGCUGCAGAGGGGGCUGGAGCUGCUACCCAGGUGGAGGCGCGCGCUGGAAGAGGCCGGUUUACUACUAGUACUACCAUCCGGUGGGGAUCGCGAUGAUGAUGAUGAUGAUGAUGGAAAAGCGAGCGCGGAGCAAACCAAGAUUGUCGCAGGGCUCCUGAGCAAGGAGCUGGCGGAGUGGGAGGGGUUCGCGAAGGAGGCUGCUGUUACCACCACUGCCGCGGCGUCUGCCAUCAGCACAUACCCGCAGGAUCCCGGCAGCUCGACGCAGACGAGUGCCGACGGCGCCUUCUACAUCGCUGGCGGCAACCAGCCCUCACCGGCUGACUUUGCCGUGUGGCCGGUGCUGCACGACAUGGUGCGGGUCUGUGGUGAGAAGCUGCUGGGGGAGCACCUGGGGCGGUAUUAUGCGGCCUUCAAGAAACGGAGCGCUGCCGCAAAGGCGUUGGAUGUGGUGCGGUCCAAGUGA